GAUCAGUUCUUCAUCAUGGAGAUCAGUGAGAGAUCUUCAUCUCCAGAUCCCAGCUGUGUGUCUCUGAAGAGUGACGCAUCCAUGGAUUAUCCUCCUGAAUUCAGUGCUGAACCAGUGACCUCUGACCCCAGUGCUGAACCAGUGACCUCUGACCCCAGUGCUGAACCAGUGACCUCUGACCUCAGUGCUGAACCAGUGACCUCUGACCCCAGUGCUGAACCAGUGACCUCUGACCCCAGUGCUGAACCAGUGACCUCUGACCCCAGAGUCAGCAGGAGGAAGAGUCAGAGAUCUUCAUCUCCAGAUCCCAGCUGUGUGUCUCUGAAGAGUUACAGAUCCAUGUAUAAUCCUCCUGAAUUCAGUGCUGAACCAGUGACCUCUGACCUCAGAGUCACCAGGAGGAAGAGAUCUUCAUCUCCAGAUCCCAGCUGUGUGUCUCUGAAGAGUGACAGAUCCAUGUAUAAUCCUCCUGAAUUCAGUGAUGAACCAGUGACCUCUGACCCCAGAGACGAUCAGAUUCGAGCCCAGGAUCCUCCUCAAGCAGUGAAUGAUGAACUACAGAGAGUCAAAGAGCAGCACAAAACCAACAUGAAGAACAAGUAUGAGAGAUUAUUUGAGGGACUGAAACUCCAGGAGAAUGAAAGCCUCCUGAACAGCAUCUACACACAGCUCUACAUCAUAGAGGGAGAGAGAGAAGGAGUGAAUGAAGAACAUGAGGUUUUACAGAUGGAGAAAACAGCCAGAACACAACACUCACAAGACACUCCAAUCUACUGCAAUGACAUCUUUAAAGCCUCCGCUGAAGCAGGAUGUGAGGAGAAAGAGCAGAUCAAGACUGUUCUUACUAAAGGCAUCGCUGGAAUCGGAAAAACCGUCUCUGUGCAGAAGUUCAUUCUGGACUGGGCCGAGGGAAAAGCCAAUCAGGAUGUAGAUUUCAUGUUUGUGCUUCCAUUUCGAGAGCUGAACUUGAUCCCAGAUCAUCAGUACAGUCUUCACAGACUUCUGCUGGACUUUCAUCCUGAACUUCAAGAUCUGGACUCACAGAUUUAUGAGGAGUGUAAAGUUGUGUUCAUCUUUGAUGGUCUGGAUGAAAGCAGAAUCACACUGAUGUUUUCAGACGCUCAGAAAGUUUGUGAUGUGACUGAGACUUUAUCAGUGGCUGUGUUGAUGUCAAAGCUCAUGAAAGGAGAGCUGCUUCCCUCUGCUCUCAUCUGGAUCACCUCCAGACCAGCAGCAGCCAAUCAGAUCCCCUCCAAAUACAUCCACCGUCUGACAGAAAUUCAGGGAUUCACUGAGCCUCUGAAGGAGGAAUAUUUCAGGAAGAGAAUCAGUGAUGAGCAUCAAGCCAGCAGAAUCAUCUCACACAUCAGAAGAGCAAGAAGCCUCCACAUCAUGUGCCACAUCCCCGUCUUCUGCUGGAUCUCAUCCACUGUGCUUCAGAAGCUCCUGGAAGAGGAUCUGAGUGCAGAAAUCCCUCAAACUCUGACUGAAAUGUACAUCCACUUCCUGCUGAUUCAGAUCAACAUGAGGAAGCAGAAGUAUGAAGAGAGAGAUCCAGAGAAACUCCUGCCGUCCAACAGAGAAGUGAUUGUGAAACUUGCUGAAGUGGCUUUCAAACAGCUGAUGAAGGGCAAUGUGAUGUUCUAUGAGGAGGACCUGAUUGAGAGCGGCAUAGACGUCACUGACGCCUCAGUGCAUUCUGGGAUUUGCACUGAGAUCUUUAAGCAGGAAUCUGUGAUUCAUCAGAGGAAAGUCUACAGCUUCAUUCAUCUGAGCGUUCAGGAGUUUCUCGCUGCUUUCUAUCAGCUUUACUGCUAUUUAACAGAGAACCAGAAAACACUGCAUGAAUUCAGAGAUCCACUGCUCAAAAUCAGAUUAUCCAGCUCUGAAGUCUCUCUGUAUGAUCUACUAAGAUCAGCAGUACAUAAAGCUCUCAAGAGUAAGAAUGGACGUCUGGAUCUGUUCCUGCGGUUCCUGCUGGGCGUCUCACUGGAGUCCAAUCAGAGACUCUUACAGGAUCUACUGACACACACAGAGAACAGCUCAAAGACCAUCAGAGACACCACACGGUACAUUAAACAUAUGAUCAAAGAUCCAGAUGAUCCUAAUCCUCUCUCAGCUGAUCAGUGCAUCAAUCUGUUCCUCUGUCUGCUGGAAGUGAAAGAUCAGACUCUGUCCACAGAGAUUCAGGAGUUUGUGAAAUCAGACAAACACUCAAAGAAGAAACUCACUGCUGCUCACUGCUCAACAAUCUCCUACAUGCUUCAGAUGUCAGAGGAGACACUGGAUGAACUGAACCUCAUGACAUACAACACAUCAGCUGAGGGGAGAAGAAGACUGAUACCAGCUGUGAUCAACUGCAGAAAAGCUCUAUUUUCUGGCUGUAAUCUGACUGCUCAGUGUUGUGAGAGAUUGUCUUCAGCUCUACAAUCCUCAAACUGUGUCCUGAGAGAGCUGGAUCUGAGGAACAAUGACCUGCAGGACUCUGGUGUAAAGUUUAUUUCUGAUGGACUGAAGAGUCCAAACUGUCAGCUGCAGAUACUGAGUCUUGCUCGCUGUAAUCUCACUGUUCAGUGUUGUGAGAGUUUGUCUUCAGCUCUACAAUCCUCAAACUGUGUCCUGAGAGAGCUGGAUCUGAAGAACAAUGACCUGCAGGACUCUGGUGUAAAGAUUAUUUCUGAUGGACUGAAGAGUCCAAACUGUCAGCUGCAGAUACUGAGGUUGUCUGGCUGUAUGGUGUCAGAGGAAGGCUGUGGUUAUUUGUCUUCAGCUCUGAGUUCACACCCCUCACACCUGAGAGAGCUGGAUCUGAGCUACAAUCACCCAGGACAAUCAGGAGUCCAGCUGCUCAAACACAAACUGCAGGAUCCAAACUAUAAACUGCAGAUACUCAAUGUGGAUCAUGGAGGAGAGAAGAGGAUGAGAGCAGGACCACGAAAGUAUGCCUGUGAUCUCACACUGGAUCCAAACACAGCACACACUCGACUCGUUCUGUCUGAUGAGAACAAGAAGAUCACACGUGUGAAAGAUCAUCAGCCGUAUCCUGAUCAUCCAGAGAGAUUUGAUGAUGCUCCUCAGGUUCUGAGUGUUGAGAGUCUGACUGGACGCUGUUACUGGGAGACUGAAUGGAGCGGAGCUGGUGCUGUAAUAUCAGUGUCAUAUAAAGGAAUCAACAGGAAAGGAGGAGGGAGUGACUGUGAGUUUGGAUCCAAUGACAACUCCUGGAGUCUGUACUGCUCUGAUAACAGUUUCUCUUUCCGUCACAAUAAUAACAACAUUUUCAGUGGUGAAUCUUUCAUCCCUUCAUCCUGUAAGAGAGUAGGAGUGUAUGUGGACGUGUCGGCCGGCUCUCUGUCCUUCUACAGAGUCUCUGACACACACACACUCACUCACUUACACACACACACACUCAAACACUUACACACACUCAACACCACAUUCCCUGAACCCCUCUGUGCUGGAUUUGGGGUUUAUUCUUAUUCCUCAGUGUCUCUGUGUGAUAUUAAAUGAUAGAGAGACUCUUUCUGAUGUUCACAUGCACACAUCAAAUCUCACAUCACUACAUAUCUAUUCAUUUUUAAUCAGUUUUUCAUCAUCAUACAGAAGUUAUGAAUCUAGAUCAGACUCUCAUACUGUUCUGAAUCUUUAAUAAACAGAGUAAUAUGUGUGCUUUAAUAUUUCUAUUGUAAACUGCUCAUCAAAUGUAAUAAAAGUCCAUUAGUGA